AGUUGGUAGUUAGUGUCGCUUCCUCGAUACGCGACGGCGGUGUGCGGCCACAUUGCGUUCACCGUGAACGUGGAGUACCGCGAGCUCUGCUGUCCUGCGAGUCCUUCGGAAUACCGAAGGGAAACUGGGAAAAGAGGGAGGGGGGGGUCAAAGGGGAGGGAGGAAAUCUCGCGUCCUCGAGAAGGGAACGUCUACGACGAGACCUUUAGCUCUUUGCCUUAACGUCCCGCGGUCGCGAAUGGGAGGGAUCGUUGGAGAGAUCGAGGGUAAUCGGUUGAGAAAUCGAGAAGCUAAAGGAAGAAGAAGAAGGAGAAGAAGAAGGACGGAGGGAUCGUUACUAGGAAGAUCCUCGUAGCGUGUGGCGCCGCGUUUGUUUACGCGUCCGUCGCAGUCGGAUGCUAACAGAACGCGCGGGAAUUCCACAAAUGUAUUCUGUGAUAAUUACUCAAGAGAAGGAUACCCGUGUGCCUGAGGAGAUAACUGUUCAAGGAAUUCGUCGGCUGAUUACCGAGGAGAUUGUGGAAAAGGAUAAAUAUUGAAAAAAAUUAUCUGGACGAAGAGGAAAUAAAAUAGUAUAGGGAGUUAUCAGGACUGAAAAGAGAGCGGAAGCGUCGGGGAUAAGAGGAAGGACUCGAGGAAACGGAAGUAGCGCGAAGAGGGACGAAGACGCGACCCGCGCCUCGUCCGCAGCUCUUCCUCGUCCCUUUCCUUCCCGCAACCCGCAACGGCGCUUUUAUUGCCCGCUCGCUAAAUGAUUCACGCGGGCGCGUGAGCCGGGCGGGCGAUCUCUCUCCUGUCUCUCUCUCUCUCGCAGGAGGAACUGGAACACGUCGAGGACUCGUCGGGAACUCGUCCAGCGUGUGGUUCGGUGACCGAUCUCUCGGUACGGAGAGUCGAAGAGGGAAGGAAGGGAAGGACCCCCGGCGGGGAUAGAGGGAUUACGGAGAGAGAAAGAGAGAGGCCGUGAAAGAAGGGCACGCGGAAGGAGGGAGAGAAAAGGAGAGAGAGAGGGAGCGAGCGAGAGGGAGGAAGAAGGUGAGACAAGGAGAGAGGGGGCAAUAGAAGAAGAAGGCGAAGCGAAGCCCGGGGUACCCGGAGAGAAGGCGAGACGGAAGGAGGAGAAAAAAGGAGGGAGGUAGAGAGGCACGCCGCGUGGACACAACCGUGCACGCUCGUGUCUCUCUCUCGUUUCGUUUUGCUGCUUUCGUUCGCGCGGCGAGAGCGCGGUGGAUGAGCUACGCUCGUUAGUGCCGGUUGAUGGUACGUCCUCGUCCUCGUGGUCCUGAAUCCGCCGUUAAAAUUCGCAAUCCGCCGGUGAGGAGGAGGUGACCUCGCGCUCUAGCGACGAUCGCACGUGGUGUUGGUUGGUGUCGGUGGAGGUGGAGGUGGAAGUGGCCGGCGCGCGGCAACGACGACGACGACGACGACGACGGUGGCGGCGGCGGUCGAGGUGACCACCGGUGAAUCCUCGUCUUUCAAAAGCGUCCUGGUCGUUGCUUGUGUCCUCCUUCGUGGAGGACGUCGUCCUCGCGGUUGCUCGAUAGCGACACCCAGACGCGAUCAUGUACAAGCUACUGGGAGGACUCAGCAAGUACCUGAAGCGGCAGGAGAUCGUCACGGACUCGAUGCUGUUUCGUAUGCACAACCACUUCACCACGGUGCUGCUGUUCACGUGCUCGCUGCUGAUCACGGCCACCCAAUAUGUCGGUAACCCGAUCUCCUGCAUCGUCCAGGGCCUGCCCGUCAACGUCAUCAAUACUUACUGCUGGAUAACGUCCACGUUCACCAUGCCGGACGCGUUCAAUCGACAGGUCGGCGUGGAGGUCGCCCAUCCAGGAGUGGCCAACGACUUCGGGGAUGUCGACGCGAGGAAAUACUACACGUAUUAUCAGUGGGUCUGCUUCGUGCUGUUCUUCCAGGCGGUUCUGUGCUACAUCCCGCAAUGGCUAUGGGGCUUCUGGGAAGGCGGCCUGAUGCAAGCGCUGGUCAUGGGAAUGAAUUAUGGCAUGGACAGCGAAGAAAACUUAAAAAAGAAGAAAGGCGCACUCAUGGAUUACUUGAUGAUGCACAUCAGGAAUCACAACACGUACGUGUAUCGGUACUUCGCCUGCGAGAUUCUGUGCCUCGUCAACAUAGUCGGCCAACUCUAUCUGAUGAAUCGAUUCUUCGACGGCGAAUUCCUCAGCUAUGGUUUGCGAGUACUGCAGUUCUCGGACACGCCGCAAGAGGAGCGAAUUGACCCCAUGGUCUACGUGUUUCCUCGCGUCACCAAGUGCAUAUUCCACAAAUACGGAGCUUCAGGCACAAUACAGCAGCACGACUCGCUCUGUAUUCUGCCGUUGAACAUCGUCAACGAAAAGACAUACAUAUUCAUCUGGUUCUGGUUCUUCAUACUGGCCGUCAUGUUAAUCGCUCUGAUAAUAUAUCGAGUGCUGAUCAUUUUCGCCCCGAUGAUACGGCCGAGACUGCUGCACCUGUCAACGAGACUGUUGCCCAUCGAGACUUGCCACAGCGUCAGCAGAAAAGUUGACCUCGGCGACUGGUGGAUACUUUAUAUUCUCUCGUCCAACAUGGACUCGCUCCUCUACAGGGAUUUCCUUAUGGAGUUCACAAAGAAGAUGGGUAAUACCACCUCGAAGUCCGUGACCGCGUAAACGCGAGAUUUUGGACGCGCACCUCGCCGCGCUGUACAUGUAUAGUACGAGAAUUUCUUAGUUUAAAUUACAUUUUAUACACGGACUGACUCGCACCUCGCGGCGCAUUCCUACAAACAUCGUUAGGACCAGAAAUAUCGCUAGGACCCACAUAGUUUAUAUUUUCGUAUAUCAUAUAUUGUAACGAUAUGUAGCCUUAGACAUGCGAGAGGAAAUGAGAUUCAAAUUGGACUUCAAUUGUUUUUGUAGACAGUGAUUCAGGAUUAUUCUCACUUCUAACUUUUAAAAACUAUACAUACAACGAAAUACAUCAUUAUCGAUUUAUCGUUAGCUUUUUCCCAGGUGCAUCGGACCCAAAUACAUCGUUAUCGAUCAAUCGUGUCAUGUUAUUUUGCUUUGUAAUGUUCUGUUUUAAUCAUUUAUUUGUUUAAAAGUUAGAAGAAUAAUCUGAAUCCUAUUGUAAAUAAUUAAUUUUUCUCAAGCAAUCAUUUUUAAGCAUAUAUAUAUGUAUAUCUCAUUUUUAUCAGAUAUUUUUAUAUUGCAUGUAUAUCCAUAUCUCGCGGAUAGUUCAAUUGACAUAUGUAGAUGCAAGUUGCUUGGGAAAGAUUAAUGCAAUGAUCUUGUACUGAGUCUCAUGUGAAUGAGAUUUUUUACGAAAAACUUAUAUCUAGGAUACCUAAAUAGAUGUAAGCUAGAUAUAAAAAACAAUGGACUAUUCGAAGAAGAGCUUAAAUUAGCUUGAAAAGUGAUUCUAACACAAUUUUGAUAUGGACGCGACUAAGUAAAUAAAAUCUAGCUCAAUUUUCAACACCCGUCAUGUAUAUAAUAUAAUAGAUAUAUAAAGGGUGUUCUGACCUUAAGUUUUCUUUCAUUAAAGACAGAUGUAACGAGGCGGAAGUUUUUUAUCUUCAAAAAUGUUGAUUGUAUUUUUUUUCUUUCUUUCAAAAUAGAGUUGAGAUACUAAUUUUUAUAAUUCAAGUACAAAUCUACUAUCGAGACUCGAUAACUCGAUCAAAUUUUGGUCUCACGUAUCAAAAGCCAACUAGAAUUUAAUUUCACAAAUAUACAUACGUCAGAAUUACCGUCAUAUUACUUUAUAAUCAUUUGAAAUAGUUGUGUAAAAAAUAGUUGUACUAUACUCGCGAUAGAUGUUCGCCGGUUGCUCAAAGCGUAUCGACUUUUAUCCCGUUCCCAUAGUCGCGUUCGAGAAUUCGGUUCGUCGGUCGUGACGGCCUUGGAAAAAGGUGCAGCGUGUAAUCUAACUGUUAACAUCGGAUUAAGCGGUUUCCGUUGCCUGUCUGCAUGAAAUGACCGAUGAAGUUGCAACUUAUCGUGACGCGCACGUUACGAACCUGUCGCGACGUUUUCAGCGAACGUUUAUCCAUUCGACGCAACAGGCACUUUACGAGUGAUAUACGCGUCAUUGCUAUUCCCUACACGUCAAUUAAGGGAGAAGAGGCUACAUUAGAAAAGAGCGUGAUUUGGCGUCACAUACGAAUCUCCGUUAGCUGUUAUAUAGCGUGUCCUAGAACUCUCGACUUCAGUUUCAGCGGCAGAAACUGACUUUUUUUUCAGCUGGUACCAUAGUUUACCAGUUUGGUGUCGAUUUUUCUACAACUAAAUUUUUGUGCGAUUGACAUGACCGAUAUUUCGUAUAGGAGAAAUAACAGACUACGACUCUUUGUAAUUCUUGCUUAACAGAAAUCGAUUUAUUAUGGUAUUUGUCGUCGAAGUAGAAAAUUUUUUCCGGUACCGUCCAGUAUGUAAUUUACCUUCUUUCUAAUAAUUUUUUGACGCAAAUUAUCCCUCGCGUUUCAAACGCGUACGCGUUUGAAUGUUACUUUCGCUGCCAACUGAUUGCGUCAUCCUGGACCGCAAGAAAAUCGCGUUGUUUGCAAUAAGGCCUUAGUGCGACUAGUUUAUAAAAUGGUCACUGCACGCAGAUUGCGACGACCAAAAGGUAUCUUAGGGAGAACUGUCAGCUUUUUUCUCAAGCUACUAUUUCAAUGACCAUAUCAGGAUUUAUCCGUCGUAAUUACGUGCAUGUUUGUAUUAUCUUAUGUAAGAUGUGAUAAAUAGUGUUAACAUUCUUGAGAGACUAAAGGUAGAAAUCAUUAAGAGGGAGAGAGAGACACAAAAAACUUUAAUGCCGACCUGCUCAUCUUCGAGUGUCGGCACACGCGAGAUUUUUUUGCCCGUUUGUGUUCCGCGGACAACACGCCGUUGUCAGACAAGACUUCCACUCGGAAUCGUGGAUUCGUUCGUAAAAAUUUCCUAGCAUUUAAGAGUUUCAUUGUAUCUACGAGCAAAGAUGUGCAAAGAUUAAAGAUUCUGAACGACCUAA